GGCAGAUUAAAAGCACACCAGCGUCUCUCGCUUCAUAUCUUUUUUAUUUCCUGCGGGUCAGGGUUGCCUCACAGCCUCCUCUCCUCUGACUGAGCAGCAGAAAUGGCUUUAAACGGUAAAAUCGCAGUAGUGACUGGAGCAGCGAUGGGAAUAGGAAAAGCAAUGGUGGAGAUACUCCUGCAAAACGGUGCCAAGGUAGCCCUCCUGGAUGUGAAUGAAACUGCAGCAAAGAAUUUAAUGGAAGCCCUCGAGAAACAGUACGGACAGGAGAGAACUUUGUUCCUGAAAUGUAAUGUUGAAUCAGAGGAGCAGAUCAAAGCUGCCUUUCAGAAAACCGCAGAAACAUUUGGAGGAAUAGACAUCGUGUGCAACAACGCUGGCAUCUUGAAUGAGAGUGCCUGGGAGAAAACUGUCUCCAUAAACCUUGUGGGUGUCAUAAGAGGAACUUACCUGGCUCAGGAGCACAUGAGCAAGCUGAGUGGAGGUCGGGGAGGGGUCAUCGUCAACACAGCAUCCCUGGCAGGUCUCGGUCCUCUGCUGACCUGUCCUGUCUAUACAGCCACAAAGCACGGAGUGGUCGGCUUCACUCGAGCCGUGGCGGCUGCCUCUGCUGCAUCAGGCUACGGUGUAAGAGUCAACGCUCUUUGCCCAGGUGUCGUCCAAACUGAGCUUUUCACCGCCUUUCCAUCCAAACUGGGGCAAUAUUCCCACCUGGCUGAUGCAGGCCAAAAAAUAGUAGAUAAUAUUGGGGUUUUAACUGUAGCUGAGGUAGCAGAGUCCCUCCUCGAGCUGCUGACAGAUGAGACGAAGAAUGGAGAGGCCCUCCUGAUAUUGCCAAAAGGAAAAGAAUAUGUGACUUUUCCUUCAUUGGUUUAGUGACUUUGUGCUUUGUACAGCAGACAAGUAAUUUCAGCUAAAAUAUCUUUCUGCAAAUAACAUCAUGUAAUUCUCGUUUGGAGAGAAUAAAUAUUUUAAUGCAUAAUAAAUCAGCAAACAUUAAAAUGAUUUAUUUUUGCCUGAGAGUGCAGAGAACUUUAUGUGUAUUUAUCAUCAUGCUGUUGUGUCCACUGUGUAGUGGAUCCCUCUUAUAAUUAAGUUCUACUUUUUAGGGAAUUGUCUGAAUUAAAACAGUUUUUUUUUUUGCAUUCCUCCACCAGCUGUUCUUCACAACUUAUUGCAGAUGCUGUACCUUUGCUAUUCAGCAUUACAAAGUAGUUAAUGUUUACUUAAGUGAAAGAAGCGAUUCCAAAGUGUAGAAAUAUGUAUACUGUUACAAGUUCUGCAUUCAAAAUUCAUGAAGAUAUACUACUCAAAGUACCAAAAGUAAAAGUACUACUAUGUAGAAUGGGCCAUUUUAGAGUAAUGUGCAUAUUUUAUAUUAUCUGAUUAUAAUUACUGAUGCAUUAAUGGUUCUUUAAUUUAUAUCCUGUGAAUUUCCCCCUGGGAUCAAUAAAGUCUUAUCUU